AGGCAAACCCUCCGGCUGGCCUGGAGGAGUUGCAGUCCAACCAUGGAUUUCCACGGCUUGGCUUACAGAGAUUUAGUGUUAGAUCGACCGUAUGUCCCCCAGAGCACUCUGGAGACUCAAUUCCCCGCUCCGCUGUACAGCGAUGAGUACUUAGCACUGAGAGCCCCCCGCAAUGCGCCCGUCAUCAAGGAGGCUGUGCGUUGGAAGUUCACCCCCAUGGGGUGGGACGCCAUCCCUCAGACCUGGUACACAGGUCUCACCAACUGCCGCAACCGUGAUGCCUGGUAUACCCUCACCGAUGGUAUUGGCCGGGAGGCCUACCACCGCUGGUACAAGUCCCAUGCCAAACGGGAGAAGACGCUGCCAGCCGCUUACACCCAGCAUUUGCGGGACAGCAGCUGGUACGAUCCGAUUGUCCCGGCGCAGUAUUUGAAGCCUGCUACGCGUUGGGGAGCCUUCCUCUGGCAAGACAAGCCAGUUCCUGGAAAGGAAUACGUGGUCAACCGCAAUCGCUGUGCCAAAGACCUGCCAGGGAAGCCCGGCUAUGUACCUCACCUGUCUCUGUACACACCCGUCUUCACCGCCAAGGAUUAUCGCACCUGGAGAAUGUUCAGUCACCAACCUUCCACCAACAACCAAUAAAACCUUUGCUACAAUUGCCUC